AUGAAGGCAGCCAUGAAUACUAGUGAUGAAAUUGUUAUAUCUGGGAUUUCUGGCAGAUUUCCAGAGUCUAAUAAUUUCAUUCAGUUCCGUGAUAAUCUCAUGAACAAAGUUGAUUUGAUAACAGAUGAUGAUCGUCGUUGGGUACUGUAUCAACGAGAUCUUCCAAGAUUAACUGGUAAAGUCAAUAAUGCCGAAAAGUUUGAUGCCAAAUUUUUCGAUUGCGACUUUAAGCAAUCGCAUACUAUGGAUCCUCAAGGAAGAAUGCUGCUGGAGCACGCUUACGAAGCUAUCGUUGAUGCUGGGGUUAAUCCCGAGAAUUUGAGGGACACCAACACAGGCGUAUUCGUUGCGACUUGUUUCGUAGAGUCUGAGUACACUUGGAUCUAUGAAAAACAUCAGGGCGAUGGCCUUGGUAUGAUUGGAACCUGUAAAUCUAUGUUGGCGAACAGAUUGUCUCGAUGGCUCGGGGUAAAGGGACCAAGUUAUAAUGUUGACUCUGCCUGUAGCUCGAGUCUCUAUGCCAUGGAACAUGCAUAUAGUGCUAUAAGGACUGGCCUGUGUGAUAACGCCCUCGUCUGUGCUUCCAAUCUUUGUCUUCAUCCGAACAUGUCAAUGCAGUAUGCUCGUUUAGGUGUCCUGUCUCUUGAUGGUCACUCAAAAUCUUUCGAUAACGGCGCUAAUGGUUACGUGAGGAGUGAGACCAUUGCUGUUGCUUAUCUCCAAAAAGCCAUGGGUGCAAAACGUAUCUAUGCGACUGUGGUUCAUGUGAAAACGAAUUGCGAUGGCUUCAAACCGCAAGGAAUCACGUUCCCAUCUAGUCAGAUUCAAAGUCUCCUGUUAAAGGAUAUCUAUAAAGAGUGUAAAGUACCACCAUCUUCAGUAGCUUACUUUGAAGCGCACGGCACUGGAACGAAAGUAGGAGAUCCUGAGGAGCUAAAAGCAAUUGCAUCUGUGUUUCACUCUGAGAAAGAGGCGCCAUUGAAGAUUGGUGCAGUAAAAUCGAACAUGGGGCAUGCUGAAGCAGCUGCUGGUAUGGCUCAAAUUUCUAAGAUCAUUAUCGCCUAUGAGAGUGGUACUAUCCCACCAAAUUUACACUAUAAAGAGCCACGAGAGGGUGUCAAAGCUCUUCAGGAUGGAAGGUUGAAGGUUAUUACUGAACCAACACCUUGGAAUGGCGGAUACGUUGGCAUCAGCUCAUUCGGUUUCGGUGGUGCUAAUGCUCAUGUUGUCCUUAAGUCAAAUUCUAAGGAGAAGAUCAAUGGCGGUGCACCUCAGGAUGAUCUUCCGAGACUGGUCGUUGCAUCUGGAAGGACGGAAGACGCUGUUGGCUCUAUUUUGACAGAUGUUGAAAAUCGUCCAGUUGACAUAGAAUACAUUCGCUUAUUACACGAUCUCUACGCAGAGAAACUCUCACGUCAUCCUUAUCGGGGCUACACCAUUGUCGGUGGCUGCAAACUCGGAAAGAAGCUUCAAAAGAUCAAGCAUUAUCCAGGAAUCAGGCGACCAGUGUGGUUUGUUUUCUCAGGAGUGGGCUCUCAGUGGCUAACAAUGAGACCGUCUCUUUUGCGAUUCCAAGUCUUUGCAAACACCAUCAACAGAUACCAUGCAAGUCUUAAAUCCAAAGGAAUUGACAUAUACAGCAUCCUGAUGAAUCCUGACGGAUUGACCUCUGGCAAUAUCGUGAGUCUAUUUGUUGGAAUAACUGCAAUGCAGAUUGGUCUAGUAGACCUUUUAACAACCUUGGGAAUAUUCCCAGAUGGUAUGAUUGGACACGCAUUUGGAGAGCUGGGCUGUGCCUACGCCGAUGGUUCACUUACAGCCGAGCAAACCAUCCUAGCAGCAUAUUCAUUAGCUCUAGUUCUAUUAAGAACGGAAUCAAUUGACAUUUCAAUGGCAACUGUUAGUCUGGGUUCGAAGGAGCUUGAAAAUCUAUGUCCACCAGACAUCGAAGUCGUGUGGCACAACAGCCCUGAAAGCUCAACAAUAAGUGGACCUACAGCGUCAAUAGAAGCUCUCAUGGCUCGGCUGACAGCCGUCGAUAUUUCAACUCAAAAAAUUCCUUGCAGUACUAUUGUUUAUAACAGAAAAUACAUGGCAGAAAUUGGACCCAAGCUUUUGGCAUACCUGAAGGAAGUCAUUCCACAGCCCAAAGUAAAAAGUUCUAGAUGGUUCAGCACAUCAAUACCUGAAUCACAGUGGAACUCUUCUCCAGCCAGACUAUCUUCUGCAGAAUAUCACUCAAACAAUUUCCUCUCUCCUAUUCUAUUUGCAGAAUCGUCUGUGCUUAUCCCUGAAGACGCUGUCAUAAUUGAAAUUACGCCCCAUAACUUCCUCCAAGACCUUCUGGAUGAAUCUCUUCCUCCUCAAUGGACUCUUAUCCCCCUUAUUCAGGACGGACAACAGGACGAUGCUGAAAUAUUCCUGCAGGCAAUUGGAGAGCUAUAUGACGUAGGGCUGCAACCAGAAAUUUGGAAGUUGUAUCCUGAAGUGAAAUUCCCAGUAUCCAGAGGAACUCCUAUGAUAUCUCCUCUUAUCAAGUGGGAUCACUCUGAAGACUGGUUCGUCAGUUGCUACAAACAGAAGGAUCGGACCACUUCUGGAGAGAGACAGGUGGAAUUAUCCAUUUCUGAUGAAGAAUUUGAGUACAUGGCUGGACAUAUCAUCGACGGGAGGAAUGUUUUACCUGCCACUGGAUAUUUGACGCUUGUCUGGGAAACUGUUGGUUUGAUGAGGGGGUUAUUGUUUACGGAGAUGUCCAUUGUUUUUGAGGAUGUUGAUUUCUUGAGAGCUACUACGAUUUCUGAAGAACCAGUGGACAUCACCAUCAUGAUUCAGACAGGAACCGGAAGAUUCGAAAUUAUUGAAGAUGGUGUAGCAGUGGUUACUGGGGUCGUACGUCAUACGAACGAUGCCCAAUUGGAACAAAUACAAUUCCCAAUUCGAGACGAAAACGAACCUGAAGAGUUGGAUACCAACGACUUGUACAAAGACCUUCGGAUACGGGGAUACCAGUACUCUGGGCUAUUCCGAGCUAUUAAAAGUGCAACUUUGGAUGGUACCAGAGGAACCAUUCGUUGGAACAAUAACUGGGUGACUUUCAUGGACAACAUGCUACAGAUGAUGCUGUUAGGACUUGAUACAAGGAGUCUCGUGGUUGCUACGAGGAUACAGAAACUGGUCAUUGAUACUAGGGAACAUUCUCAACAGAUUCAAUCAAUGUCACGCGACAAACCAGAAUUCACAGUUUUUGUCAACCGGAAACAUGACACAAUUAGUUCAGGGGGAAUUCAAAUACGUGGUCUGAAGAGUCAUUCAAUAUCUCGAAGAAGAACACUGAAUGAGCCAGUGCUGGAGACAUAUCAGUUCGUAGCUCAUAGAGAUCGUGCAGAAGUGUGUUUGAAAGAAGCAGUUUGCCUAGCGACUCAUCUGGCUGUGGAAAACCAAGUGAGCAUCAGAGUGAAGGUACUAGAGUCCUUGGAAAUAGGAGAGAUGUAUCCUCCUGAAGAGCUUCUGUCCUACCAUAUAGCAGAGAUACUAGCAGACCUACCAAUGAUUCAAUCAGAUCUGCAUAUAACCACGCCCCAGAAUCUUUUCACGAAAGAACUACCUCAUAACAUAAAUAUCUCGGAGCCAAAAAGAUUUACUCCAGAUACUAAUGCUCUGAUCUUAGCUGGCCGAGAUCUUCUAACUUCUCAGAAAACCGUAACUUUGACUCAUAUUCUCCCAGCACUGAGCGAUGGCGGCUUUGUCUUCACAAUCGAGUCUUCAUCUUUAGAGGAAAUUGAGCAAUCAUCGAAGAAAUAUGGGCUUCAUAUCAUUUCGGAAAAAGUAGUCGAUCGCUCUACGUUCUGGGUCCUUAGAAAAAUUGAUAAAAUACAGAAUUCCGGCAUGAUAAUCCAGGUAGACGAUAGAAAGUUUACUUGGGUUGAUACUUUGAAAGCAGUACUGCAAGCAGAAUCUGAACGUGAAAACUCAGGUUCUUCCAGAGUUCUACUGAUAAGUGAUAAAAUGUCGGAAAAUGGUCUACUGGGCCUCGUCAAAUGUCUCCGAAGGGAAUCUGGUGGCAAGAUAAUUCGUGGGGUAUUGAUCCAGGAUCAGAAUACAUCAAAGUUCUCAUUCUCAGAUUCCCUGUAUGCGGAUCAAUUAAAUUUAGAUCUUGCAAUAAAUGUCCUGAGACCAGGGGGAAUUUGGGGAUCAUACAGACAUCUACCUCUUCCCACUCCGACUCCACGCCUUGUUCACCAUGUCUGGGCGAAGCAGCUCGUACGAGGCGAUCUCAGCACAUUCCGUUGGAUGGAGGGGCCUAUCACAUUGAAUGCCAACUAUUCUGAUCUCGUUAGAGUUGUUUACUCAUCAAUAAAUUUCAAGGAUAUCAUGCUGGCCACUGGGAAACUUACUGCUGAUAAUUUUGAUGGCACUAGAAUUGCAGCAGAGUGUUUGGUCGGAUUCGAAUAUGCUGGAAUCACGACGAAUGAUUUCAGGGUCAUGGGCAUGGUCAGUUCUUGUGCUAUAACGAACAUUCUACAUUAUGAUUCGACUCUUAUGUGGACUGUACCCGAUUCUUGGACUUUGGAAGAGGCAGCUACAGUCCCUUGUGCCUAUGCUACAUGUUGCUAUGCUCUUUACUUCCAUGGAAAGAUGAAAAAGGGAGAUAAGAUAUUGAUUCACGCAGGAUCGGGUGGUGUCGGACAGGCGGCUAUCAAUCUUGCACUUUCAGCUGGAUGUGAAAUUUUCACGACCGUUGGUACUGGGGAGAAAAGAGCCUUUAUUCAAAAAACCUUCCCGCAGAUUCCUGAAGAUCACAUUGGUAAUUCUCGAGAUAGUAGUUUUGAGCAAUUGGUGAUGAAUAAGACGAAUGGUAAAGGUGUCGACAUUGUGCUCAAUUCGCUUGCCGAUGACAAGUUGCAAGCUUCAGUCCGAUGUCUAGCUGAAGGAGGAAAGUUUUUGGAGAUAGGAAAGUUUGAUAUAGCUAACAAUAGUAUUCUAGGAAUGUCAACCUUUUCGAAAGGGAUCAGUUUUUAUGGAAUAAUGCUCGACAAAUUUUUAACUGCGCCAUCGGGAAAAAAGAGAAAACUGCAUAGACUGGUGCAGAGAUUGCUUGAUGAAAGAAUUAUUAAACCACUCAAUUUCACUAUUUUUAAUAGAUGUGACAUUGAAUCUGCUUUUAAGUACAUGGCUGCCGGGAAACACAUUGGAAAGGUAAUACUCAAAAUUCAAGAUGAAACGAAUCUGGGGACUCUAAUUCCAGCGUUGCCACGGUACUACUGCCGGACAGACCGUUCUUACAUAAUUUUAGGAGGACUCGGUGGUUUUGGUCUGGAAUUAGCAGACUGGCUUAUCCUCCGUGGAGCUCAGUACAUAAUCCUAACAUCUCGUGGAGGCAUCAAGAAUGGCUAUCAACGCAUGAGAAUCAAGCGAUGGAAGAAUUACGGCGUUAAGGUCACCAUUAUCGCGAGAAAGGAGGCAUCAAAUCCAAAAGAUUGCGAAGACAUCCUUUCGUUAGCAUCGAAGCAAGCGCCGGUUGAUGCAAUUUACAAUCUUGCAGUCGUUCUGAAGGAUGGUCUCUUCGAAAAUCAAACACCAAAAACAUUCGAAGAGCCCUUCAAGGCCAAAGCUUGGAGUACAAAAAAUCUUGACAAAUUAUCAAGAAGAAUGUGCCCAAAACUUCGCCAUUUCGUUGUCUUUUCCUCAGUUUCCUGUGGCCGUGGAAAUGCAGGUCUUGCAAACUAUGGAAUGUCAAAUGCAAUCAUGGAAAGGAUCUGCGAAAAACGAGCUAGUGAGAGCCUUCCAGCACUUGCAAUUCAGUGGGGAGCAAUCGGGGAUGUUGGUAUCGUUGUAGACAUGCAGAAUAAUGACGAACAUGUCAUGAUGGGGGGGACUCUUCAGCAGAGAAUCGCAUCCUGUCUUCACGAACUUGAUGGCUUUCUCAAUCAGAAGUGUCCCGUCGUUGCAAGCAUGGUGGUUACUGAAAAUCGAGCUGGUAGCUCGGGUUGUCUUAAUAUUGCUGACACUGUCCUUAAUAUCAUGGGUAUCAAAGACUUGAAGUCAGUUGGUGUACAUACAUCACUAGCUGAGCUUGGGAUGGACUCUAUGAUGGCUAUGGAAAUUAAGCAAACAUUGGAACGUGAGUUCGAGAUAUUUCUAACCGCACAAAAUAUUCGUGAUUUGACCUUCGCAAAGCUUAUUGAGCGGGACUCAAAAAAUACUGAGCAGGAAAAAACGGCUGCGGAAGUGAUGGAGGAAGAGGCAUUUGUAGGGAUGAAGUUUAUGAUUAGGCUGCUUGGAAAGGAAGAAGCAAUGAAGGAGACUUGCUUGGAGUUGUACACAAAACGAGAGAGUGGAAGACCAGAGGUGUUCUUGAUUCCAGGUUUUGAGGGUUGUGGUGCUGUAUUUAUGAAUCUUGCAAAGAAUAUUACGGCUUUUGCUACUUGUUUACAAUUGAAUAAUUUGCGUACGAAGCAUCUUUCUAUUCCGGAUAUGGCGGAUGAAUUGUUACCAUACAUCCUCAAGAAAAAUGACAGCCGAAGAGAUUUUGUGAUGGUUGGAUACUCGUAUGGAGCACUUAUUACUAUCGAAUUAGUGAGAAAAUUAGAGGCUGAGUCGUUCACAGGCAAAGUAAUUCUCAUUGAUGGGGCACCGCUACUUUCGAAAGUCCUUAGAGAUCAACAGUUUGUAUCAAACAACGACAAUGAACUCCAGACGAAACUUCUGCUGAGUAUAGCUAACCGUAUUGCGCCAAAACUUUCUCGACAAUUAUUUGUGCAACUCAAACGGAGCAACUCUUGGGAAGAAAAGUUGGAUGCCUUCACAAAAUUCGUGCCCGCUAAGGCAUUAAAAAUUUCAUCCGAGCAACAAAGAAAUAUUUGGACUUGUAUAUAUAACCGGACGCUUGCAUUCAAUAAUUAUGAUAUUUCUAGCUUUCCGCUUCUCAGAUCUACAAUCACUCUCCUGAAACCGUCUGUUCAAAGCGUGAAGAAUUUACCUGCAGAUUAUGAUAUUAGUAAGAUAACAAGGGGGAAAGUAAAAUGCCACAUUCUUGAAGGAGAUCACGUUUCAAUACUCGAUAAUCCAAACGUAACACGUGUAAUUAAUGGAGAACGAAUUGAAGAUGUCACGGCAGUAGAAACUAUCACCAUGCAAAACGGAAAGAUUCUCACCCCCAUGUAUGAGGCGAGUAAUGGAAGAUUAACUAGUUAGAAAUGGAAAAAAACCAUUCGCUCCGUCAUAUUAGUCUUCAAUAUAUGCUGUAUUUUCCAGUUCUCAUUAUUGAAAAGGAAUGUCUUUUGAUGUUCACCACAUUGUAAUUUGAACUAGUACUGAUGUUUUAGCUUACUGAUUCCUACCUUUU